UUUUUCUUGCCAUGUCAUUGGGAUGUCCUGAGCAUGCAGACUAGUUCAACCCAAAGAGCUUUAUCAAGCUUCUGCAGUCCUUGAGGCUCUUAGUAUGCCACUGUCCUUUGAGACCAACAUGAGGCUCAAAUUCCCGUUCAUGGCCAUAAGCUUGCAGCUUUCCAUGAUCAUUUUAUUUGGAUUUUUUGUUGGCUAUGAAAAUGAUGGGAAUUAUGUCCAGCAGAUCAAUGCCACCAAUCAGUCUGAAAAAUCCCUUGAGCUAUACCCUUUGUUCCAGGACGUCCAUGUGAUGAUCUUCACUGGAUUUGGCUUCCUCAUGACCUUCCUGAAAAAAUAUGGCUUCAGCAGUGUGGGCAUCAACCUGAUGAUUGCUGCUCUGGGUCUGCAGUGGGGCACCUUCAUGCAGGGGAUAUUGCACCACCACAAGAAAUUUGGAAUUGACAUCAAAAGCAUGAUAAAUGCAGAUUUCAGUACAGCCACAGUUUUGAUUUCCUUUGGAGCUGUCCUAGGCAAAACAAGCCCAGUACAGAUGCUAAUCAUGGUGAUUUUGGAAAUCUCUGUCUUUGCAGCCAAUGAAUAUCUUGUUGUUGAGAUACUAGAGGCCACUGAUAUUGGAGCAUCAAUGGUCAUUCAUGCCUUUGGAGCUUAUUUUGGUUUGGCAGUAGCAGGUGUCUUAUAUCGGCCAGGUCUCAGGAGGAGAAGGCAUGACAAUGAACAGUCUGUAUACUACUCUGACUUGUUUGCUAUGAUUGGCACACUUUUCCUUUGGAUGUUCUGGCCCAGUUUUAACUCUGCAAUUGCCGAUGCCGGAGACCACCAGUACAGAGCAAUUGUGAACACGUAUUUCUCCCUUGCUGCCUGUGUUCUUUUUGCCUUUGCAUUCUCCAGCCUUGUUGAGCAUCGUGGCAAACUUGAUAUGGUUCACAUUCAAAAUGCAACCCUUGCAGGAGGAGUAGCUGUAGGCACUUGUGCAGAUAUGGAAAUCCAACCCUUUGGUGCUAUGCUAAUUGGUAGUAUUGCUGGGAUUGUCUCUGUCCUUGGGUUCAAAUUUCUGACACCAGUUUUUGCUACCAAAUUGCGAAUUCAUGAUACCUGUGGUGUUCAUAACUUACACGGCUUACCUGGAGUGAUUGGGGGUAUUGCAAGCAUUGUAGCAGUAGCCUUGGGAGCCACAAAUAAGACUACUAUGGCUAAUCAGGCAGCUGCUCUGGGUACUUCCCUAGGAACAGCAAUUGUUGGAGGACUGUUAACUGGUUUAAUUCUAAAGAUACCCAUAUGGGGAGAACCACCUGACCAAAAUUGCUAUGAUGACUCUGUUUAUUGGGAGGUUCCUGAAGUGGAAGGAUAUAGCCAUUAUUUCCAUGAACAUGAUGACCACAGCCAACUGCAGCCAGAGGCCUAAAAACAUUUCUAUCUUCUCCCAUCAUCUGAUUUCCUCCCAGAAUCCUCUAUUUUUUUAAGCACUACCCAAAUACUUCAAAUCUUAAACACAGACAGUAAUAGACUUUAUAUCCCAAAUGUCCAAUGGAGGACAUUCAUUGGUGCCACAGAUGUCUAUUGAAUUUUGGUUUACUUAUUUCCCUGAGAGGCUAUUACUCACAAGGAUCAUGGAUCCCAUACAUCUUUCCCAGGACUACCAAAUAACCAAUACUGCUAGACAUAACCAAACCAGAAUAGGUCUUCCUAUGCAUUAAGGAUUUUCAAAUAUAAGAAUAUUUUUAACAUAAAAAAAUUGUACUUAUCCCAAAAUAAUACAUAGUUGUGUUCUUGAUUUAGAAAAUAUAAAAUUAUAGAAAACUAUAAAUUCAAUGAGAUUUUAAAUGAAUUUAUAUUUUAUUCAUCACAGAGGCAGUUGUAUACUUUUUUAAAUAGUACUUAUAUAUGUGGGUUACAUGUAAUUUAUUCAGUUUUAUGAUUUAAACUUCUUGAGGGCAGAUCCUAUAUCCAUAGUGUUCUGUGUAGGAAUGCUAUUCAUUAAAGAUGCAUUAGGAUAAUAAUUUGUAUAGGUAAAAAUAUGCAAUUACUUUUAUUAAUGAUUUUUUCUCUAUACAGGAGAUAUGGUUGAUGUUUGUCUGAUUUCCAAUUUCUUUAGAUCAAAUUUGGGGAUAAUUACUAUACUUCUUUCAUUCCUAGAAAAUGGAAAUAUUCUAAAGUAUGUUUUGUAUAUUCGUUAUUUGCAAUAACCACUAAAAAGCAAAUUGAUUGAAGUUAAUUUUAUGGUUUUUUAAUAGAUUAAAUGAUGUGACAAAAUACAAAAUUGUCUUUGUUUUUCAUCUUGAAGCUUCUUAUUAGGUUUAGAGUCAUUCAUUUAACUGACAUUUAUUAAGUACUUACUAUAAAGAAAUAUUAAUACACAUGUAAUAUAUACAUAUAAAUCCUGUUCAUUUCAUUUUAAUGGUUCAUGAAAGGAAUAUAAAGUUAGGCUAACUGCUUUUAUUUCAGAAUUGAAUUACUAGAAUAGAAAAUUUUAUUUUCUUUGAAAAAAUGUCACAAAACUGUGCAUACUCUUUCACUGAGCAUUCCAAUCCUGGAGUUGAGCUCAAUGACAGAAAUUUCCUAUAUAUAGCAAAAUAUCAAUGGUAGCAUUCCUGGUGGUAAGAAAAAAAGAGGGGGAAAAACAAAAUUGAUGCCCAUAGGAUUUGGAAAAUGAUUGUACAAAUUAUGGUUUAUAAAAUGGUAGUAGAGAAACAACAGAUGACAAAGGUGGCCAAGAAAGAAGAUGUCUUCUACUCAUCCACAAGUCUGAAAAGAUGUCAGUCAAAAUUAUCAAACAUGUGAUACAUUAAGAUAAUCUAUGUAUAGCCAAUUUUUAGAUAUUGCUAUAUGUCUUAUUAAAAUUUAAACUAUCAUCUUGUA